GCUACCUGUACUGAGUACUGACAAAUAAGCAACACAUAAUUAAGACUGCCGUGCCGUUUUCUUGCUCAAAAACUGCUCCGAAUUGUUUAAGCUUUCGAUGGGUUGAUAUAUGGUUGAGCCAUCAGUAGUGCUGUGAAUGGAGGGAUUUCUGUUGUUCCAUCGAAAUGCCGCACCUACUUUCCCACUGUCUCCAACAGCUAACUUUGUUGUUUGCUGCCAGCUAUAAGUAGCACCAGGCAAGGCAAUUCUCCACUGAUUCCCAUAGUUUAGAGCUGGGCUUCGCAUUCCACAAAAUCCAAUUGCCUGCCUCCUUCUUCCCUGUUGUACAAUUUUGCAGAUCGAAUAUGAACCAUCUCUUUGCAUAUAGUUGAAUAUCACGGUGACAGCAGCCGAGCAGUCACUCGAAACGCUCAGCGAAGUAAAAUAUGCUUCUCCCUCACAUGGCGCAUCCAGCGAGAGCUAGUCUGGCCGGUCCUUGUCAACGGCCUGUCCCGCUGCUGCUUUGUUUCUAGCUCAUUGGAGGAGCUCAGCGAUUUGCAUUCCAUCGCCAGCAGAGGUAGCGCUACUGCACUGCUGAAUCUAGAUCGCAUCAACCAACCCAAGAAUCGCCGGUAGCCAGCAUGAAGCAACAGGUCGUGAGCAGCAACGGCAGCUCGCCGUCGCCGUCUCCGGCGGCCGCACGAACGCGGGCACCAAGACCGCCGCCGCCCAACGUCAGGCAACCUCCUGCCGCUCUAGGCGCGAAGGCCAGGCCAAGAACCACCACCUCCUCCACCAUGGCGGCGGCAGCAGCGAGGAGGCAGCUGCCCGUGCCUGUGCCUGUGCCUGUGAGGAGGGUCAUGAGCGCCAAGGACAAAGAGGAGCCCGAUCACAAGAAGGAGACGGUCGAGGAGGAGGUGGUGCGCCUGCGCGGAGAGGUGGAGGCCCUGCGCAGGGAGGUGCAGCGCCUGCUCCGUCUCAACGCCGACCUGGCCCUUGUUCAGACUCAGAGAGGGCAGAGCAAGGCCAUCGGCGGCAGUGAUCUGCCACAGCAGCAGCAAGACAAACAUGAUCCUGCAACCAACAGGACACAGCCUCCCAACAAGGCUCCCGGGGGAGUCCCUGCGCGGCCGCCACCGCCGCCGCCGCCGCCGCCACCACGGCAGAAAAAGCCGCAAGGCCCUUCAGCUCCGAGCACGAGCCCGGUGAGCAAGGCGACUGCGGUGGUUGACAUGUACAACUCGCUGACCAGCAACAAGAAGCCGCAGCAGCAAAUAGACAGAGGCAGAAGCCAUCAUCACCACAGCAGCAUUGUUGGGGAGCUGCAGAACCGCUCCAGGCACCUGUUAGCGAUCAAAGCAGAUGUCGAAACAAAAGCAGAGCUCAUUGAAGAUCUCAUCAAGAAAAUCCACACUAGCACCUACACCGACGUGGAGCAAGUGCUUACCUUUGUGGACUGGCUGGAUCAACAACUUUCUACUCUGUCUGAUGAGACAGCCGUCUUGAAGCACUUCAACUGGCCAGAGAGGAAAGCCGAUGCGCUCCGGGAAGCAGCAUCCGAAUACCGGCAUCUGAAGUGCCUUCUAACAGACAUCUCUUCCUUGAACGACGACGCUGGCAGCCCUUCACCCUGCGACGCCACUCUCAGGAAGAUCUCCAUGUUGCUAGACAAAUUGGAGAAGAGCAUGAGCAGGCUGGUGAAUCUGAGGAGCUCGGCGAUGCCGUCCUACAAGGAGCUGAGGAUCCCGACUUACUGGAUGCUUGAUUCAGGGGUUGCUGCAAAGAUGAGGUUGGCAUCGGUGAACCUGGCGAAGAUGUACACGAAGAGGGUCCUCAAGGAACUGGAUGGCAGGGAUACGGCUGGGAACGAGGCUGCUCUGGUCGCGCAGAGCGUGCGCUUCAUCUACAGGGUCCACCAGUUUGCUGGAGGGCUCGACUGUGAAGCGAUGCACGCCUUUGAAGAGCUGAGGAGGCGGGCUCGUCCGGUCUCCUCUUCUUAGCUGCAUCUACCUACAUGGACAUGGUGGAGGUCAAGAGUCAAGCCCUCCACUCGAUUACGCCUCUUUGUGUAACAAUAUACUCCUAAGAACAUCGGCGGCCUUUGCCAGGGAGCAAAGCACCGUUGAUCCUUGAAAUCCAGAGCUGAAAAGGGCGGAUUGGUGCGAGAUUUUCCCUGGAUUCAUGCGCCGGUCUCGACAUUUUCGUUGCGGCCCACGUCUCAUCUAAGGGCUUGUACAAUGGAAUGUAACGGAGACGGCUAUAUGAGUUGGUUUAAGCACCCACAGAUUUCCAAUGCUAA